UGGCACGUACACUUGACCUGAGUCAUGACCAUCACUCUGUACAAUAUAAUUGGCAGUCCGCCCUGCAACUUUAUACGCACACUCGCCAAGCAUUUGGGCAUUGAUGUGAAGCUCAAGAACUUGGACUACGCCAAGAAGGAGCAGUUAAGCGACGAAUACCUCAAGAUCAAUCCAUUCCACAAAGUUCCUGCGAUUGACGAUGAAGGCUUUGUUGUCUACGAAAGCAACGCUAUUGCGUACUACUUGCUCCGCAAGUACGCCCCCGAUUCGGAGCUCUACCCGGCUUGCAUCAAGACUCGCACCCACAUCGACCAGAUUCUUUCAUCGCUCGCCACUACAAUCCACCGUGAGUCGGCAGCAUUCGCCCGUCCUCGAAUCCUUCAGAAGACGAAGCCUACGGCAGAGGAGCUUACCGCAUUUGAAGAGAAUGUCAUCAGAGGCCUAGAACACCUCAUCGGUGACGGCAAGUUCGCAGUCGGCGACAACUUCACCCUCGCCGAUAUCGCCUUGACCGCACGCAUCAUUGUGCCUCUUGAGAACAAGUUCGUGGACCCUUCCAAGUUUCCCAAGCUGGCAAGCUACUACGACCGAGUCAAGCGCAAACAGCCUUACUUUGAGGAAAUUUACAGGCCAGUCAUAAACCGCAUCGAACAGCUAUUCAAUAGCCUGAAAUAG